ACGGGCGGGAGUUCCUCGCGGCCUUUUCCUCGCGACAGCGGCUAACCGCGAGAACUGCUCGACUUCGGUGUUAGGCGUGGACCCGAUUCUGAGUCUACACGACCGACCCACUCGUUCCUGUCUCCUGUCACCGCGGAUCUCGUGGCGUUAGCGCGUCAGGAUGGAGCUGAUCACAAUCCUCGAGAAAACCGUGUCUCCAGAUCGGAAUGAGCUGGAGGCGGCGCAGAAGUUUCUGGAGCAGGCGGCCAUCGAGAACCUGCCGACCUUCCUGGUGGAGCUGUCCAAGGUGUUGGCCAACCCCGGGAACACGCAGGUGGCACGAGUCGCCGCCGGGCUGCAGGUCAAGAACUCCCUGACGUCGAAGGACCCGGAUGUGAAGACGCAGCACCAGCAGAGAUGGCUGGCCAUUGACACCAGCGCCCGCCGGGAGAUCAAAAACUACGUGCUGCAGACUCUGGGAACAGAGACCUAUCGGCCCAGCUCGGCCUCUCAGUGUGUGGCUGGCAUCGCCUGCGCCGAGAUCCCCGUCAAUCAGUGGCCCGAGCUCAUCCCUCAGCUGGUGGCCAACGUGACGGACCCCAGCAGCACAGAGCACAUGAAGGAGUCCACGCUGGAGGCCAUUGGAUACAUCUGCCAGGACAUCGACCCCGAGCACCUUCAGGACAAUGCCAACCAGAUCCUGACGGCCAUCAUCCAGGGCAUGAGGAAGGAGGAGCCCAGCAACAACGUCAAGCUCGCCGCCACUAACGCGCUCCUCAACUCGCUGGAGUUCACCAAAGCCAACUUCGACAAGGAGACGGAGAGACACUUCAUCAUGCAGGUCGUGUGUGAAGCCACGCAGUGUCCAGACACCAGGGUGAGAGUGGCUGCGUUACAGAACCUGGUGAAGAUCAUGUCCUUGUAUUACCAGUACAUGGAGACCUACAUGGGCCCGGCGCUGUUUGCUAUCACAAUAGAGGCCAUGAAGAGUGACAUCGAUGAAGUGGCCUUACAGGGAAUUGAGUUCUGGUCCAACGUCUGCGACGAGGAGAUGGAUCUGGCCAUUGAGGCCACUGAGGCCUCUGAACAGGGCCGUCCUCCAGAGCACACCAGCAAGUUUUACGCUAAAGGAGCUCUGCAGUACCUGGUGCCCAUCCUGACACAGACGCUCACCAAACAGGAUGAGAACGAUGACGAUGAUGACUGGAACCCGUGUAAAGCUGCGGGCGUGUGUCUGAUGCUCCUGGCCACGUGCUGCGAGGACGAUGUAGUGCCACAUGUGCUGCCCUUCAUCAAAGAGCACAUCAAGCACCCGGACUGGCGCUACCGCGACGCCUCCGUCAUGGCCUUCGGCUCCAUCCUGGAGGGCCCCGAGCUCAGCCAGCUCAAGCCGCUGGUCAUCCAGGCCAUGCCCACCCUCAUCGAGCUGAUGAAGGACCCCAGUGUGGUGGUGAGGGACACCACGGCCUGGACGCUAGGACGCAUCUGUGAUCUGCUGCCCGAGGCCGCCAUCAAUGAGGUGUAUCUGGCCCCUCUCCUGCAGUGCCUGAUUGAGGGCCUCGGGGCCGAACCCCGCGUGGCCUCCAACGUCUGCUGGGCUUUCUCCAGUUUGGCUGAAGCGGCGUACGAGGCCACAGACGCUGCUGACGAUCAGGAAGAGCCCAGCACAUACUGCCUGUCCUCCUCCUUUGAGCUCAUAGUCCAGAAGCUGCUGGAGACCACAGACAGGCCAGACGGGCAUCAGAAUAACCUGCGGAGUGCAGCGUAUGAGGCUCUGAUGGAGAUCGUGAAGAACAGCGCCAAGGACUGCUACCCCGCGGUGCAGAAGACCACGCUGGUCAUCAUGGAGCGACUGCAGAGGGUCCUGCAGAUGGAGUCUCACAUCCAGAGCACGUCAGACAGGAUCCAGUUCAACGACCUGCAGUCCCUGCUGUGUGCCACCCUACAGAACGUGCUGAGGAAGGUGCAGCAUCAGGACGCGCUGCAGAUCUCAGAUGUGGUGAUGGCGUCUCUGCUGCGCAUGUUUCAGAGCACCGCCGGCUCGGGGGGCGUUCAGGAGGACGCUCUCAUGGCCGUCAGCACGCUGGUGGAAGUUUUGGGCAGUGAUUUCUUGAAGUACAUGGAAGCCUUCAAGCCUUUCCUGAUUAUCGGCCUGAAGAAUUUUGCGGAGUACCAGGUGUGUCUGGCUGCGGUGGGGCUGGUGUGUGAUCUGUGCCGAGCGCUGAUGGCCAACAUCCUUCCUCACUGUGAUGAAAUCAUGCAGCUGCUGCUGGAGAACCUGGGUAACGAGAAUGUGCACCGGUCUGUGAAACCUCAGAUCCUGUCUGUGUUUGGGGAUAUUGCUCUUGCCAUUGGUGGUGAAUUCAAGAAGUACCUGGACAUUGUGCUGGACACUCUGCAGCAGGCCUCGCAGGCACAGGUGGACAAGACGGACUAUGAUAUGGUGGACUAUCUGAACGAGCUGCGAGAGGGCUGUCUGGAAGCGUACACCGGGAUCAUCCAGGGCUUGAAAGGAGACCAGGAGAACGUGCACCCCGAUGUAAUGCUGGUACAGCCUCGUGUUGAGUUUAUCUUGUCUUUCAUUCACCACAUUGCUGAGGAUGAAGACCGAUCCGAUGGAGUUGUUGCCAAUGCUGUCGGCCUCAUCGGUGACCUGUGUACAACCUUUGGCAAAGAUGUGAUGAAGCUGGUGGAGGUUCGACCUCAGAUCAACGAUCUGCUGUCUGAAGGCCGGAGGUCCAAGACUAACAAGACCAAGACCUUAGCCACGUGGGCCACGAAGGAGCUCCGCAAGCUGAAGAGCCAAGCCUGAUUACCGGCCGUGGAGCUUCUACCAAGAAUAAUGGAAAUCAAACCCACUGAGGUUUCUUCUGUCUUUUACACAUAGACGUCAAAGCAGAAGUGACGUGUGCGCUGAGAUGAGUGUCUGAGAAUGAGUGAGAAAGAGUGAGAGAGAGACAUCGCACCACCUUCAGAGUUCAACUCCAGCAGCAGAACAACUCAGCGGCCACCACCUUCCCCUCAUCAAGCCCUCUUCUCAUGUGUCUCUGACCCCACUAAUAAACUAUUCCACACCAUCCACAUUCUCCCUUUGAAAAGCUAGUGCAUCAUAUUAGACCGGUACAGGUUUGCCAGCCUGUCUGCGUUUAGCUCAAGAAAGGAAUACAUCGUUGGGCACGUGUAAGGUGUUGCGACUGCAGAUGUUCCCUAUUACGCAACACAUUUGUCAGAAGACACAAACAAAAAGGAGAAGGAAGUGAUGCUGCUGGAGUUUGUAAUGGCGUGACUGGAGUGUGAGUGUGUGAAUGAACGGAGGGGGUCGCUGGCUCCACGUCCCCUUUCUAUUUCAACCAAUAAUAAAUAAACAUGAUAAAUAUCUUGUUUGCAAAUUCAGUGAGAUGCACUUGUGUAAACAGCAGAGCGGCAGGUGGUCAGGGAUGGGCAGCACUCGGGUGAUCUGGCGACGCACUCAUCCUGCUUUCUCAAAGUCAAUUGCUGCGCUAUAUUUUUUUCCCCCUCCUUUUAAAAAAAAAAAAAAAAUAGAAUUACAACUAAAUGGUUGUGUUAUUAGUAUGCUAGCAUGGAUGGUGCUUUGGCCUGCCCUGGAAAGACUUGCCACUGGAGGUGCAGGUUCUAGCAGAGCAGUCCAUGUUCAAGCGGUGCAGGAGUUAGACACUUCCACUUCCUCCUUUAUUCUCCUUCAUUUGUUUUGCAGGGAAAUGAGUGCCAAAUCCAUGCGGAUACCAAUGGACUUGAGCUUAAUGUGUUGACACGUAGAAGACGCGAAAUAAACAUGUCAACGAUGUCACAAUCUGAUUUGCAUUGAUGUGCUUUGGUGUUUUGUUUUUUUUUCUUGCGGCACUUAAUUGGAGUCAUUCACCAAACUUAAAAAAAAAAAAAAAAAGAAUGGACCGAAAUCAGACAUUUGUAUGAGGUUAUAUUUUUCCAUUGAUAUGAAAAUAAAAUUAAAUUGAACCUUU